GAUACACGUACUAUUUAAUUAUAUCAUUUCUGCAUAAAGAUACCAUCUCUGUGAGCUACCUUAAUCAGGCCCCCUUCAAUUUACAACUCUGCGUUCUACUUUAAUGGUUUGCCUUUCCCAUUGAAAUAUGAGAGACCUCAAUUCAAUGGCUUCAUCUUCUUCACCAUAUUUGAUGAACCUCCUCCUCAUAUCAUUAUCAGUCUUCUUCGCAGGAGCAUUUGGGUGUUACAGUUCAAUCUUCAGCUUUGGUGAUUCGAUUACUGAUACUGGCAACUUAUAUAUCAGCUCCAAGAAUAGUUCUUUCCACUUCUUCUUCCCUCCAUAUGGGGAGACCUACUUUCAUCACCCCACCGGACGAUGCUCCGAUGGUCGCUUGAUCAUAGACUUCAUCGCUGAGUUUCUGGGACUUCCAUAUGUUAGACCUUACACAGAAGUCAAGAGCAAUGCAAGUCCUCAAAAUAUCGAAGGGGGAGUGAAUUUUGCGGUUAUAGGAGCCACGGCGAUGGAUGCUGAGUUUCUUGCUGCAAUGGGAGAUGAGAAUGAUUAUACAAACAGCUCGCUAGGAACUCAACUGCAUUGGUUUAAGGAAUUGCUACCUUCUUUGUGCAACACGUCUUCAAACUGCAAUAAGCUGCUCUCCAGCUCCCUAGUUCUUGUGGGAGAGAUUGGAAGCAACGAUUACAACGAUGCGUUGUUGGCAGGGAAAAAUAUAGAACAGGUUCAGACAUAUGUACCAUUGGUGAUAACAGAAAUCUCUUCAGCCAUCAAUGAGUUAAUUGAGCUUGGGGCAGUUACACUUGUGGUACCUGGAAACUUUCCAAUCGGUUGCCUUCCUAUUUAUCUUACAAAAUUUCAGACUUCAGAUAAAGGCCAGUACAACUCUUCAACAGGUUGUCUGAAUUGGUUAAACAAGUUUGCUGAAUAUCACAAUGACCAGCUUCAAAUAGAACUAAGUCGGAUUCAAAGGCUUCACCCCAAUAUCAACAUCAUUUAUGCAGAUUAUUACAAUGCUGUGAUGCAUUUCUAUCAUUCUCCAGAUCAAUUCGGAUUUAUUGGGGGAACAGUCAAAGCAUGUUGUGGAGGCGGAGGACCAUACAAUUACAACUCAUCAGCACAAUGUGGUUCUAUAGAGGCAAGUGCUUGUGAAAACCCUGCAGAGUUUAUAAACUGGGAUGGCAUACAUUUUACUGAAGCAGCAUAUAGGUGGAUAGUCAAAGUUUUAUUUAAAGGCAAAUACAACGUUCCCGGUAUUAGUAGAUUAGUUCCUUGUGUAUUUCAUAAGAGUAGUGACAACUGAUAUUCAAACUACUACCAAAACUGACUGACUGUCUUAUUGUUUCCUCCAAAUGAGGAUAUGUGCCAGAAUAUGUGUAUAUGUGUGUGUACACACACGCAAGCCCGAUUAAAAGCGGGCGUCAGCAAAAAAAAGAAAAAAAAAAAGAAAAGAAAAGGUGCGGAUCCACCGGUGUUGUAAAUCCUCUGGCCUGAAUUAGAGACCGGUAACGGUGCUGCUAUUGCCAUACGGGCCCUAAACCUCGACCUAGAGCUUCUUUAUAUUUGCCCAUGGACUCGUCUGCAACAGUUUGCAAUCGACAUUAAGGGUGAGUGAGGGCUUGCCACCCAAACCUUCAACCUCGAUCAUCAAGGCCUCUAUCUUCAUGCCUACGCUGUCCAUGAUGCAUGUGGUCUUCUUCCUGCUAGAGCAGCGGUGCCGUUGAUGUUUGAUGUAGCUGUGAGG